AACGUGUGUUGUGUUUGAACUGCGCGGGUUCUCGUCUGUCGUGUAUCGGUGCAAGCGCUGCGUUUAAAUUUCUUGGAGUCUUGGCUCGAGUUUUUGCGUGCUUUAUUUUGUUUGUUUGUGUUUACAAGUGUUUAAUAAAUGUGCAGACGUUUUAUUGGCUAGCGGACGUGCUUUUGUUUUAUUUAUUUUUUACAACGAAGUAUUCCGUCGUAUAGUGCGCGUAGUAAAUUGUGUACAAUAGUAAACUAUUGUUUUUAUAAUUACCGGUGGAAGCGGAGCGGUUGACUGCUUUUUGCAAUCAUCUAACAGCCAAGGAGAGCGUACGAGAGGGAGAGAGAGGUUCUGGCGGCCAAUCGAUUAACGGAACUGCUGAAUGGAGACUGCGUGGGAACUCUUCUUGGCCCACACAAAAAAGGAAGAGAUAUUUAGACAUUUCCUUUAGCGGACAUUCAGGGCAGGCAUUAUCAAUGGUGGGCGGAUAUACGAAAUCCAAUUCCAACUCUUCCACUCUUCCAAAUCUUCCACUCCAAGUCCCCUCCAAGCUCUGUCCCUCAUUACCAGCCCCCCGUCAGCAGCCACUGGAGAGCCUCUACAACGAAACAUGUCUGAGGCGAUUGUCGAGGAGAGAAAUUGCAAACCAAAUGGCAUUGUAAUCAACGAAGCCGAAGAACCACAACCACAGCCGCAGCCACAGCAAACAGAACCACAGAAAGAGAGAGUAGAAAACGGUACUGCAAAUCAGCGAGAAUCGGAGAUAGAGAGCGACUCGAUUGACUACAUCGAUGCAACAUUGAAGAUAGUGGAGGCCUUCGAGAGUGACGCGUGCUAUGCCACACUGGAAAAGGGCAACGUCAAGCCAAAAAAGAAAACGGUGAGCUUCAAUCCAAACGACGAGAAGAUACGCAAGUUUACGACGGGCGAGCCGAUUGUUGAUCAAAAGAAUCCCUUCCGGAAUGGCCACAUAGCGGGUGGAGGAGUAGGAGGAGGCGUAGGCAAGGAGAAGAAGACACCGCCGCCAGUGCCCACGAAGCGAUCGACAUUGAGCGUACGCAAGACGGUCACCCAACAGUUGCGCGAACGCGAACGAGAACGCGAAAAGGAACGAGAACGGGAGCGAGAGCGAGAGCGAGAACGAGAGCAGCAGAAGAACGAGACGAAUGCGCGCAAGAAGAGCGGAAAGGUGCAAGCCACAGGUGCUGAGGAAUACAUAACCACCGAGGAAGUACUUAAGCAAUCGAAAUAUGUAAAGACAUACAUUAAGAACCCAGACGCCUAUUUCGUCUACGAUCCCACAGUGCUCGCGCGCCUCAAGAGCGAGGAGGAGCAGCAGCAGCAGCAGCAGAAGGAGCAGAAGGAGCUGCAGCAGAAGGAGAAGGAGAUCCCCAAGCGCAAGCAAACGGGCGUCAAUCGCUAUAAGGAGCCCAAGGCGAUUAAGCAGCCCAAAUUGAAUCACAAUCCGAAAACAUUCAAGAAGUGCUCGAAGCCCAAUUAUCCGGAAUUGGCCAACAUCAAGAUACGAACGGGCACUCCCGACACCGAGGGCGACUUGUUCAAUGCCGCUGAGGUCACCAAGAACGCCAAGAAGUUCGACGAGCGCGUGAAGAAGCUGCAGAUAAGCUCCGACGACGAUCUGGAUGAGAUCGAUGGACCACUGACCAAGAGCGAGUCCAGCGACGAUCUCUCUCAACCAAAUACGAACGGCAAUCAGGAGGAGAACCUCCCGCCUCAGGAUAUGAGCAGCAGCCAGCAGCAGCAGCAGCAGCAGCAGCCGGCGGUCCCAAAGGAUCACGAGCCACCCUCAACCUUCACGAACACCAUCAGCUCCGAGGAAUUUCAGGCCUAUCUGGAGCGCAAGGGUCUGGCCUUGAUGCCCAAGCGGGAGCUGGGAGCCACGCCCUCACCUACGGCGUCUCCCAUGGCCUCGCCCUCGGCCUCGCUGCUAAGGACACCAGAGGAGCGGCGCCAGCAGGUGGCCGAGUCGCUGGCCGCCCUGCGCCAGAGCAACACCAAGAAGCUAUCCGUGCUGCAGCGCCUCUCCAACAGCUUGUUCGCGCCCAAGCGCAAGACAACGCCCAAGCCGGCGAUGCCCAUGCCCAGGUCCGUUUACGGGCAGGGCCCGGAGGAGUACCGCAAGGCCAGUGGCGGAGAUGUGCCCACGGAGAUGCGGCGCAUUCUGCUGGAGCGACAAAGCCAUCAGAAUCAGAAGCAGAACUCGAUCUCGAACGGUCGUCUGCCGAAUGGACAGGCCACGCGACCCUCCUCCGAGUAUACCAACGGCCAUGCGGCACAGAACGGCGGUGCUCCCUUCCAGCGCACGCUGGAGCGGCAGAGCCUGAUACCCAGACGCGUUUCGCCGGAGAGCCACAACCCCAGCCGCUUCCAACGCUCCGCCUCGAUGGACAGGAGCCAGAUCCGGGCACAGAGCCAAAAGAAUCACCCCAGCCGGCUGGAGGCCGUGGGCCAGCGUCGAUCCCUGGCCUCUGCCCAUGUGCAGCCCGCCAGCGAUGAGCAGCUGAAGCCAGUGGCCACCUCUACGCCGCAGCGGAAGAUGCCAGUCCAAGAGAGCAAUCAGCAGCAGCAGCAGCAGGUCAGUAGCGGACAUCAGAAUGACUGGGAGAAGCUGAAGGCCAUCAAAGAGGUGACCGAUCGUCAGCUUUACCACAAGGUCUUGCAGCAGCAGCAGCAUCAGCAUCAGCAGGGACAGCAGCAGAGUCAAGAGAAUAUCUACGAGCAUCUGCAACCGAAUCAGCUUCAGCCCGUCCAGCAGCAGCCCGUCCAGCAGCAGCAGCAGCAGCCGCAGCAACAGCAGCAACAGUUUGUCAGGGGCUCGUUGCAGCGCAACACCUUCUCGGGCAUCAGCGGCCGCAAUCGCCAGGUGAUGAUACUCGACGGCACACCAAUCAUCCCUGUGCAACAGAUGCAACAGCAUCCGCAGCAGCAGGCGCCACCCGCACGCUGCCAGAGUGUGCUGGACAACAUGAUCCAACAGGCGAGUCCCAACCAGGUGCACACGCGUCGUGGCUAUGAGAGCGAGAGCGAGGCGACACCCAGCGAUGCAGCCGCGACGGUGGUGAUGCGUCGCUCGAGCAGUGCCUCCAGCCGCCGGAUUGGCGGCCUCCUCACACGCGAGGAGAUACUCGAAAAGGUCAAGGAGUUUUGCCGCAAAUCCAUUAGCCGCACGCCGCUGCCCGCGGCAAAGAUGCAGCCCAUCUAUGAGAGCCGUAGCCAGAGCCAGAGCCACAGCCACAGCCAGAGCCAGAGGAGUCCCGCCUCCGCUUCAGUCGCCGCGGCGGACACCUCGCCCGUGUCGUACGCCUCUGUGGAGACCAGCAGCCACAAGCGUUCCGCCUCACAGCUGAGCAUCGUCGCCCGGCCGCAGGUGCCGCUGCGCGUGCAGAGCCUGCCACAGUCGCGCUUUGUGCCCGUGUCAGCCGCUGCCUCGCCCAUUUACGCGCACGUGAAUAAGCGCAGCAGCCUGCUGUCCAACGACUCGGAGCAGUAUCUCUCCAGCCAGCAGCUGCCACAGCUGAUGAGGCUCACACCCACCGAGUAUGUGCUGGUGGAGACGGGCGAGGGGCUGCAGGCCGCCAAGCUGGUGGACUAUCACCACAACAGUCUGUACGUGCAGCCAAAGUUUGUGGCGAGCCAGAGACAGGGCCUGGGCACCUAUGUGCUGCAGGAUGGCCGUGCCACGCCGCUGAUCCUCGAACGUGCCCCCAGCGGACAGAGUCAGAUCUAUUGGACGCCACAGCAUCACCAGCAGCUGCAGCUGCAACAGCAGCAUCAGCAGCAGCAGCAGCAGCAGCAGCUGCAGCAGCAACAGCAGCAGCAUAUUAUGCAACAGCAUCUCCAGCAGCAACAUCAACAGCAACAGCGUCUCAUGACAAUGCCCCUGAGUCCGCGCGGAUAUCCAGUACCAGCGCCACGCCACACCAUGCCCAUGAGUGCAAAGGGCAUUGCGCCCGCUCCGAGGAGCCUCACUCUGCACCGGGUACAGUCGAGAUCCAGUCCACAGGGGCGACACGCCUCAUCCGACUGGGAGCUGAGCUCGGAGGCUGGCGAAGUGCGGCGCAUCAUGGAGAAGAACUUAUAAGGCAAAGAUAACAGCAUGGACGAGGACAGCAGCUGUAGCAGCAGCAGCGGUAGCGAUAAGCCCAAAUCCCACUCGAAGUCAACAUCCACCGAGGACUCGCUCGGCGUCAGCACAACAUCAUCCACAUGGACCAUUCUG